CCCGCCCCUUUGCCUACUGCGCGGGCAGUUUCUUGCAAACCCGGAAGCAGAUCUCUUGGAGUGAAGGCUGUUAGUCGCCGCGUAGAACCCUGGAACAAGAGGAAGAGGAAAGCAAAGGAGUCAGGGAUGGCUCUUCCUCAGGGACAGUUGACAUUCAAGGAUGUGGCCAUAGAAUUCUCUCAGGAGGAGUGGACAUGCCUGGACCCUGCUCAGAAGACUUUGUACAGGGACGUCAUGUUGGAGAAUUAUAGGAACCUGGUCUCCCUGGAUAUCUCUUGUAAAUGUGUAAACACGGAUUUGCCACCAAAGGGGAAGAACAAUAUGGGAGAAGCGUUCUACACGGUGAAGUUGGAGAGACUUGAAAGCUGUGACAUUGCAGGCUUGUCCUUCCAGGAAGUUCAGAAAAAUGCAUACGACUUUGAGUGUCAGUGGAAAGAUGAUGAAGGAAAUUAUAAAACAGUACUUAUGUUGCAAAAAGAAAAUCUCCCUGGUAGAAGAGCUCAACGUGAUAGAAGGGCUGCAGGAAACAGGCAUAUUGAAAAUCAGCUUGCAGUAAGCUUUCAAUCACAUCUCCCUGAACUGCAGCAAUUUCAAGGUGAAGGGAAAAUUUAUGAAUACAAUCAAGUUGAGAAGUCUCUUAAUAAUCGAGGAAAACAUUAUAAAUGUGAUGAAUGUGGCAAGGUCUUCAAUCAAAACUCACAGCUAACAAGUCAUAAGAGAAUUCAUACUGGAGAGAAGCCUUAGCAGUGUAAUGAGUGUGGCAAAGCCUUUACUGUUCAUUCAAACCUAACAAUCCAUCAGGUCAUCCAUACUGGAGAAAAACCUUACAAAUAUAAUCAAUGUGGAAAGGUCUUCAGUCAACCUUCAAACCUUGCAGGUCAUCAGAGAAUUCAUACUGGAGAGAAACCUUACAAGUGUAAUGAGUGUGGCAAAGCCUUUAGAGCACAUUCAAAACUAACUACACAUCAGGUCAUCCAUACUGGUGAAAAACCUUACAAAUGUAAGGAAUGUGGCAAGUGCUUCACUCAAAAUUCACACCUUGCAAGUCAUCGAAGAAUUCAUACUGGGGAGAAGCCUUACAAGUGUAAUGAGUGUGGCAAAGCCUUUAGUGUUCGCUCAAGCCUGACUACCCAUCAGACAAUCCACACUGGAGGAAAACCUUACAAAUGUAAUGAAUGUGGCAAGGUCUUCAGGCACAAUUCAUACCUUGCAAAGCAUCGGCGAAUUCAUACUGGUGAGAAACCUUACAAGUGUAAUGAGUGUGGGAAAGCCUUCAGUAUGCAUUCAAACUUAACUAAGCAUCAGAUCAUCCAUACCGGAGAAAAACCUUUCAAAUGUAAUGAAUGCGUCAAGGUUUUCACUCAGUAUUCACACUUAGCAAAUCAUCGAAGAAUUCAUACUGGAGAGAAACCUUACAGGUGUGAUGAGUGUGGCAAAGCCUUUAGUGUGCGAUCAAGCCUAACUACCCAUCAGGCAAUUCAUACUGGAGAAAAGCCUUACAAAUGUAAUGACUGCGGUAAGGUCUUCACACAAAAUUCACACCUUGCAAGUCAUCAGGGAAUUCAUUCUGGAGAGAAACCUUACAAGUGUGAUGAAUGUGGUAAAGCCUUCAGUCAAACAUCACAACUUGCGAGGCAUUGGAGAGUUCAUACUGGAGAAAAACCUUACAAGUGUAAUGAGUGUGGCAAAGCCUUUAGUGUUCAUUCAAGCCUAACUAUACAUCAGACAAUACAUACUGGACAAAAACUCAAAUGUAAUGAUUGCGGCAAGGUCUUCAGACACAAUUCGUACCUUGCGAUUCAUCAGAGAAUUCACAUUGGUGAGAAACCUUAUAAGUGUAAUGAGUGCGGCAAAGCAUUUAGUGUACAUUCAAACCUAGCUACCCAUCAGGUCAUCCAUACUGGAGAAAAACCUUACAAAUGUAACGAAUGUGGCAAGGUCUUCACUCAAAAUUCACAUCUUGCAAAUCAUAGAAGAAUUCACACUGGAGAAAAACCUUAUAGGUGUAAUGAGUGUGGGAAAGCCUUUAGUGUUCGCUCAACCCUAACUACCCAUAUGGCAAUCCAUACUGGAGACAAACCUUACAAAUGUAACCAAUGUGGCAAGGUCUUUACUCAAAAUUCAAACCUUGCAAAACAUCGAAGAAUUCAUAGUGGAUAGAAACCUUACAAAGGACGCCGGGGGUGGUGGCUCAUGCCUGUAAUCCCAGCACUUUGGGAGGCCGAGGCGGGGGGAUCACCUGAGGUCUCGAGUUCGAGACCGGGCUGGCCAACACGGUGAAACGCUGUCUCUACUAAAAAUACAAAAAUUAGCUGGGUGUGGUGGUGCACGCCUGUAAUCCCAGCUACUCGGGAGGCUGAGGCAGGAGAAUUACUUGAACCUGGGAGGCGGAGAUUGCAGUGAGCGAGAUCAUGCCAUUGCACUCCAGCCUGGGCAACAAGAGUGAAACUCCAUCUCCAAAAAAAAAAAAAAAAAAAAAAAGUAACCUUACAAAGGAGUGCGGCCAGUUUUUCAGCCACAAAUUCUUUCACAACAUCAGAGAAUUCAUUCUUGAGACAAUUCUUACAAAUACAGUGACUGUGGCAAACUCCUGAUGAGUUUAAGCAUUAACAGACAUCAGAGUUCAAAUCCUGUGAAUAUACUAUGUAUGACAGAAGCUUUAUCCAGGUCUCAGAGCUCAAUAGGCAUCAAAAGAUACAUCUUUGAUGAAGUCACACAAACGUAACAUGCAUGCUGAGACUAUUACUCCUGGACCACAACUGUAGGUGAGGAUUCAUAGGAAGAGUAGAACUCAGUCUCUAGUUUCCUCAUAACCCUCUGCUAUUAUAUACUUCAGCAUAAUCAGAAGUCCAAAUGUGUUAAAACUCAUUACAUGAUACAUAUCAAAGGUUGUAGGAUGUUUGGAAAUGGCCAAUUACUUUCAGCUUAUAAAAUGUUUUGUUGAAGUAUUUAAGAUUUAUUGAAAAGGCUACUAUUUAUAACUUCCAACCAGAACUUUGCAAUGUGCUGAUUUUAUACAUGAUUAUACGCCUAACAUGGUGUUGUUCGGGAAAGAAUCAAAGGAUGGAAGGGCUCACUCACUUCAUUAGGUGAGGAUUAUUUCUCUCCAAGCUCCUGAAGAAGAAAGACUCUGCCUUUUAAAAUUAAAUAUAGUCUGAAUUAGAGAGCACGUGGAAAGGGCAGAGGAUGAUGAACUAUGAUGUCACUCAUCCUUAUUGCACUGCAGGUGCCCUUCUUCUGACAGAAGAGCACUGUGGGUAUGGGAAGAAAUUCUCUACUGGCCGGGCACAGUGGCUCACGCCUGUAAUGCCAGCACUUUGGGAGGCCAAGGUGGGUGGAUCACCUGAGGUCGGGAGUUCGAGACCAGCCUGACCAACAUGGAGAAACCCCAUCUCUACUAAAAAUACAAAAUUAGCCAGGCAUGGUGGCGCAUGCCUGUAAUCCCAGCUACUCAGGAGAGGCAGGAGACUCGCUUGAACCCGGGAGGCAGAGGUUGUGGUGAGCCGAGAUCAUGCUACUGCACUCCAGUCUGGGCAAUAAGAGCGAAACUCUGACUCAAAAAAAGAAAGAAAGAAAUUCUCUAGCAAUAGACCAUGAAAUAGAGCCAGGAAGACACUCAGAUUUUUAUUAGAGGAGAGUAAUAGCUUAUUAGGGACUGAUGUGUGGUACAAAUAAUGCAGAAAAGUGGAGGCUACCUUCUCCAUCAAAUGCCAAUAGCUGUUGCAUAGCAAAGAUUGAUUUUUUUUUUUUUUUUGAGAUGGAGUCUUGUUCUGUUGCCCAUGCUGGAGUGCAGUGAUGCAAUCUCAGCUCACCGCAACCUCCGCCUCCUGGGUUUUAGCGAUUCUCCUGCCUCAGCCUCCCAAGUAGCUGGGAUUACAGACAUGCACCACCACGCCUGGCUAAUGUUUGUAUUUUUAGUAGAGACGGAGUUUCACUAUGUUUGCCAGGCUGGUCUCGAACUCCUGACCUCAUAAUCCGCCCACCUUGGCCUGCCAAAGUGCUGGGAUUACGGGCUGGAGCCACCGUGCCUGGCCGGCCGAGCAUAAGAAGUUUAAUCAAAGUAACCAGAAUCCCAUGUUUGUUACUAGGAUUUACAUUAACUGCUGGAAUCACAUUUUGCUACUAUUGAAG